UUUCUCAGUCGAAAUUUUGCACUCGUCGUGUUUGUUUCGUUAAAUUGCCGGCGGAGUUGAAAAUAAAAACCGAAAAAUAUUAUACUAAAAAUUAAACCCCUUUCUAUACAAGACUCAAAAGAAAAAGGCAAAAAGAAACGGUUCUAAUUUUCGGUCUCUAAAGAAGCUAAACUAAAUUUAUUUAUUGUUAUUUUAAAUUGAAUGAAGCGAUCUCAUAAUCUUCUUAGCUCUUAAAACAAAUUAACAACAAAAAUGUUCACUCGUCCAAUCUUAAAUUCUAAUUUGGCAAAACUUUGCUCGGUGGCGCGGUGUAACGGUGCUAUAACAUCGCCAAACAACCAAGCGGCAGCGGCGGCGUCGGCUGGAGGUGCUGGCACCGAAAUCGCAACCCGACAAUAUCAUGAAGUUGUCGGUGAUAUCAUAUGUCCGUCGCAGGUGCUGGGAAUUGACCACCUCAGGGAUCCCAGGAUGAACAAGGGUUUGGCCUUUACAUUGGAAGAACGACAAGUAUUGGGAAUCCAUGGUCUGCAACCGGCUCGUUUCAAGACACAAGAAGAACAACUGGAACUGUGUAAAAUAUCAAUCAACCGCUACUCUGUAGAUCUAAACAAAUACCUGUACCUAACCGAUCUGCAUGAUCGUAAUGAGCGUCUCUUCUUCCGAUUGCUAUCGGAAAACAUUGAAGAUCUCAUGCCUAUUGUCUAUACACCAACAGUGGGUCAAGCUUGUCAGAAAUUCGGUCUCAUCUACAGACGUCCCCGUGGAUUGUUUAUUACAAUCAACGAUAGGGGUCACGUUUUUGAUGUCCUUCGUAAUUGGCCCGAUCCAGAUGUUCGUGCAAUUUGUGUAACAGAUGGUGAACGUAUCCUUGGCUUGGGAGAUCUGGGCGCUUGCGGCAUGGGUAUUCCGGUGGGAAAACUUGCCCUCUACACUGCCUUAGCUGGUAUUAUGCCACAUCAAUGUUUGCCCAUUCAAAUCGAUGUGGGAACAAAUAACCAGCAGCUUCUUGAGGAUCCCCUCUAUGUGGGUCUGCGACAGAAGAGAGUUACAGGAAAAGACUAUGAGGAACUUAUUGAUGAGUUCAUGGACGCCGUUGUGAAACGUUAUGGACAAAAUACCCUUAUUCAAUUUGAGGACUUCGGCAACCAAAAUGCAUUCAUGUUGCUGGACAAAUACAAGAACACUCAUUGUACUUUCAAUGAUGAUAUCCAAGGAACAGCCGCUGUAGCAGUUGGAGGAUUGUACGCUUCGAAACGUAUUACUGGCAAAAAUAUCGCCGACAAUAAGAUCUUAUUCGCUGGAGCUGGUGAAGCUGCAAUUGGUAUUGCGGAUCUUUGUGUCAAUGCUAUGAUGGCUGAAGGUCUUUCACAAGAGGAAGCACGUAACAACAUUUAUAUGGUCGACAUUGAUGGUCUUCUAACAACCACCCGCAAAGUUGGCGAUUUAAUCGGCCACAAAGCUUUCUAUGCCAAGGAUGUUGAACCAGAGAAGGAUUUACUUCAAGUAGUAAAAAACGUUAAGCCAUCUAUUCUCAUUGGAGCAUCUGCUGCAACUGGCCUAUUUACCAAAGAAAUUCUCAACAUUAUGGCGCAAAAUAAUGAACGCCCCAUUGUGUUUGCCCUCUCAAAUCCAACAAGCAAAGCUGAAUGCACUUCCGAGGAAGCAUAUUAUGCCACCGAGGGUCGUGUGAUCUUCUCAUCGGGAUCACCUUUCCCACCAGUUGAAUACAACGGAAAGACAUACUAUCCCGGACAGGGUAAUAAUGCCUACAUUUUCCCUGGUGUUGCACUUGGAGUUAUUGCAACUGGCACACAUCAUAUUCCCGACGAUAUGUUCCUAAUUGCCGCUCAGGAGCUGUCGAAUUUUGUCGAACAAAGUGAUCUGGAAAAGGGAUCACUCUACCCACCGCUCAGCAAGAUCAAAGAGGUGUCUAUGCGAAUUGCUAUCGGCGUAACAGAAUGUGCCUAUGCUAAAGGACUCGCAUCGACUUAUCCCGAACCCAAUGACAAACGCAGCUGGCUGGAACAGCAGCUCUACAACCACAACUACAUGAGUUCCAUGCCGGUGACAUGGCCCUGGCCCAAAUCUCCCGAACUCAAAACACGAGAAUUGCAACCCACCCAGUUGUUCAAAGAUAAAUAAGUGCGUUCUAUAUGGCUCAUCAAACUAAAAAAAAUAAAACAGCUAGCUAGGCCAACUUACACUCUCUCAUUUUUAUUUAUUUUUUAUUUAAUUUAUUUAGUGUAAAGUAGCCUUAAGCUUAUCUUUAAAAAACAAAACAAAAAUCAGAAAAGUGGUACGGUCAAUUGAAUUCAGAAGUCGAGGAGUGAGAGACAAUAUCAAAAAAAAAAUAGAUAAAACUAAACAAACAGUAUUCUUUCAUUCAUCGAGUUAUAAAAAAAAACAAAAUCUUUAAGAAAACCAAUAAACAAUAACAAAAACGUCGACCACUACUACUUCAAGCCGUCUAGCGGCGUUAAACAAAAGAAAAAGAAACAAAAAC